AUGGCAGUAGAGUCUUCUUUGUCACUGCAGUUGUCUGACGGGGAGCCAGUGAAAAGAGCAUCAGAUAACAGAGCCCCCACUGAUGAGCAAUCAAGUGACGGUUUUCACCAAGGUGACGACUCUGACACGAAACAAUUUGUGCCUAUAAGGAAGGGUAGAAGAAAGAAAGUCAAAUCUCAGAACUCUUCUAGUGCUUUGUCCACUGCUGUAGAGCUUUUUGAAAAAGUUGUUAAUAAUGACCCAACAACACAGCUGAUAUAUUUUUUCAAAGAGGAAAAUCAGCGAGCUCGUGAGCAUGAAUUAAAGUUAAUGGAACUCUUCAUGUCACAAAGACAGCCUGCAGUUAGUUAUUCUGCAGGUUCAUCCUCUAUGAUUUUCCAAGAAAGAAGCCCCGGCCCAUUUGCAGGAUCUAGUUAUCGUGCAGGUUCAUCCUCUAUGAUUUCCCCACAAAGAAGCCCCAGCCAUUUGCAUAUACAACUCAAGAUUUACUCUACAAGGAACUUCGACAGUGCCAGUUCUCAGAGAGUGAAUGGAAAAGGUAUCACCAGUUGGAGAAAAAUGUUACAGAGUGGACAUUAA